AUGCAAACCUCUAGAGGUCAUCUCAAGAAGCAAAAGCUUCCAUAUAAAGGAUGCAAGACAUUCUGUUGCAAUUGUAGGCUUAGUGUUUCAUCUUCUUCUGAAGAAGAAACCGACAGCAGGAAAUCAGACCGAUUUCCAACUGUCUCAAGCCUUGCACACGCGAUGGUUCAAGAACGAUUAGACCAAAUAAUUAGAGAAAGACAAGAAAGAAAAUAUGAAGAGAGGAGGAGAAGGGUAAGAGAAGAGGGUAAUAGGUUGUUUGUGAUGGUGGCCAUGGAGAAAUCGUCUUAUAAUCUUAGACAAGAUUUUCGCGACUCCAUGAUGGAGAUGAUCACUACAAACAGGAUUUCCGACCCUAAAGAUCUUCGUCGGCUUUUAAAUUGUUAUAUAUCGAUGAACUCUGAGGAAUUUCAUAGUGUUAUACUUGAGGUUUUUCAUGAGGUUUGUUCAAAUUUGUUCUUGUAUUGUAAGUGCCAGUAAAGACUACUAAUAUUCUUUGUUAAUGAUCAUAGAUGUUAAGUUGAACGUUAUUCUACGUUUCUAUUUUCUCAUAUAUGGUAAAGUAAACGAGUUAUGUAUGCGAGUAAUAUAUUAAAACGA